AUGGCUGCACCACCACCACCACCUCCUCCUCCCCCACCACCAUCAGGUUUAGGGAAUUUACCACCAGGGCCUCCUCCAUCAAUGCCACCAGGCAGAGAUGCAUUGUUGGGAGAUAUUAGAAAAGGUGCGAAAUUAAAGAAAGCAACUACCGUGGAUAAAUCCAAACCCAUGAUAGAUUCCAAAGUAUCUGUAUCUAGCGCCCCACCUCAAAUGCUGGGCAGCAGUUCAGGAGUAACAAAUUCGCUGCCCUCUGCUCCUGCUGUUCCUCAAUUGGGCGAUAUAUUUGCUGGAGGUAUGCCUAAAUUGAAACAUGUAGACAAUAGGUCUGGAAUUGUGCCUUCAUCAGCUCCCAAAAUUCCAACCCUUAACACUGCCCAGGUGCCAUCAAGACCAAUAAAAGCCGAGUCUUCAAUUUCAGUCUCCACUCAAAAAUCCAGUAAUUUGCCACCACCAGUUCCACCGGUGGCACCUCCGAUUCCGUCGCAAGCUCCACCGCCACCUACAAUUCAAAAACGUACCCCUCCAAAAGUACCACCAACGAGACCCAAGAAAUCUUCACAUAUAAGGAAUUCAUCUCAAAAUAACAGUAAUGUACAAGAGCCUUCUUCGAAACCUCCACCAUUGCCAAGUGGUCCACCACCGGUACCAACAUCUGCGCCUCCUUUGCCAAACAAUAUUCCACCACCACCGCCACCAGCACCACAAGCUCCACCACCUACAGUAUCAGCACGACCAGAAAAAUCAAACCAAGGAAAUGUCCCAACUGCACCCCCCCUUCCAGCAGGAGGAUUGCCAUUUUUAUCUGAAAUCAAUGCUAAAAGAGAUGAUAAAAACGUCAUAAGUUCAGUACAAAGUUCUAACCCUGAAGCUAGUCCACCAGUACCAGGAUUCUUACCUCCUCCAAUUUCAAAGAACUCCUCAUCAAAUGCACCAGGUGUACCAAAUAUUCCACCACCACCACCUGCACCACCUGCACCACCUGCACUUCCAACGGCACCACCAUUACCGGCAUUGGGAACUUCAAAAAAGGAAAAUGAUACAACUAAAACCAAUUCAAGCAAUGUUGCACCACCUGCAGCUGGAGGUUCUUUACCAUUUUUAGCUCAAAUCAAUGCUAAGAGAAAUGAUAAAUUUGUCGUUGAUGGAAGCAAUAAUAGUUAUACCACAAAAAAUGGAGAAACACCCGAGUCUCUGUCUGGUGUAUCAAAAAAACAAACGGCAGACGCAAAGUUUUCUUCUUCAAGUAAUGCACCCCGCAACACCGGCAAAUCAUCAAUUGCAGGAAAACAUCAUAUGAGCUUCAAUCCAUUCUCGCAUAAUAAAAAGCAAGAAAACCAGACACCAAAUGCCCCACCGAUCCCACAAAAUGUACCACCCGUACCACCAAGUGGUCUACCCCAUGUGUCUGCUUCCAAUUCUGUCAAAGCCACACCACCAGUCGCACCUCCACCGCCAAGUGUACCUCAUGCUGUCCCACCAGCUCCACCAGCAAUACCAACUGCAGUACCUCCAACAUUACCAACAUCAGAAUCCUCUCAAAAUAAUGCAUCUUCUGUACCAACAAGCCUACCAAAGAGUGACCCACCUUUACCAUCCAACUCUGCACCGCCGCCACCUAGAACCAAAAAAGCUGCACCGCCACCCCCACCACCAACACAAGGUGCUGGUUCUGGAUACAAAUCCUCAAGCUCCACAUCGAGGGUUUCUUCGUCAAAUUUCAAUGAUUUAGACUUGAGACAAAAUGCAGGAACAAACUUGAGGAAAAUUUCGGCACUGGCAUACACGAUUAACCCUCGGAAUGCUAGUAAUGGAGAUUCCAAACCAGAGAAAUUGGUUAUCGAUGAUAAGAGAUUUAAAUUUGUCAAUGCUAACGCAUUACCCAAUCCAAGAAGGUUUGGUGAUAGAGGUGAAAAGGAAAAGUUGUACCCAAGUGGUAGAGGUUCUUCGGUGCCACUUGAUUUGAGUUUGUUUGCAUGA